AUGCGCUCCAAGCCUGCUGCGUCUUCGCUGCAGAAGACAUACGAUGAGUGCUAUCUCUCGUGCUCCACGGCUGUAUACUUUGAGGGCCAGAACAACGAAGAUGAAGCUUUGAGAGCAUGGCGCUCUGCUCUAGACACAAUCUCUUAUCACAACGCCUACCGACUAUCGUCGACUUAUACACCCAAGAACGAAACGGAAAAAGCGCUCCAAGAUUCGAUCCGCCAGCUAGAACUCCAGUGCCGAGAGCGAGUUGAUCUCUUGGAAGCUCUUCGUGAAAGCAGGAAAGAAGCACAGGAGAAGGACAGUCCCACCACGAGCGGUGUCGGACACCGAUUCUUCAAAGGCAAGUCGGUCUCAAAGUCACCUACUUCGAACACACCCGGUUGGAUCGGAGACGGGACGGUACCUCCGGUGGGUUAUACGGACUUAUCUCGACCGCCACCGAUCCCAGGACGUCCAGCACCGGUGACGCAGGCGAGCUCAGAAUCGGUUAUCCAAGACAGCAGCGUUGCGUCUGCGACUAGCUUACCGGCGUUACGAGUUCCAUCGCAUUCGUCCGGCAAAAACCAGUCUCGCAACUCGAGCCCCGAGAAACGGAAGACGAUGCCUACCACUCUGCGCAAGUCGGACGGGCACAAGAAGCACAGCAAGAACAAGGAUACUCUCCGGCGGAAGGAUUUGCGGCCGGCUGCGUCUCAGGCUGCGGGUUUAGCCUGGGGGAACAUCUACCGGCUCCCCUCAGCAUCUGGGAAUCUAGCAAGUGACGCCGCAAUAACGUCCUCGCGGCAAAGUAUCUCCAGUGACUCUGGGUUUCGGAAAGAUUCUGGUCAGUUCAGGUCCCACUCCGGGGAUGAGCUUGUAUCGAAGAAAAGUGCGGCAGACGACUCAGAUGGCCGGGAGCCUCGACCUGUCCGGUCUGCGCGACGGACAAUCAGUAACACAACCCCAGUGCCAACGCUAACAUCAAUUCAUCACUCCCCGGCUGGUGAGGUCCGGCAGCCGUCAGGCAGUCGGAGCAGGACCCUCGCCCAACCAUCGUCGGAGCCUGUUGACAGCCCUCUGAGUAGUGCUAGGCCCUCCGUGAGACCCAAACCUGUUGCGCUCAGAGCUUCACCUCAGGGUCCGCAAUCGAGCAAUAUUGGCCCAACCUCAUUCCCUAUCAGAAAAACGAGACCCGAGACCACAACGAGCAUUUCGGACAACCCACAAAGCAAGGCCACAUCGAGGUCUCGGAUCAACUCCGCGUCGACAGGAAAGCCCGUCUCCCGGACCCAACCUGAGGAUUUGAGUCCCUCCAUGAGGCAACUGGAGAUAUCAGAUAGUUCUACUCGGCGCAAACCACAACCUGCGCAUACAGUUACACCGCCCUCAAGCGAUCAAGAAUCGACAGGCCCGAAGUCGAUAGACGCGGACGAGGAACUAGAGGAAGAAGAUGAAGACGACGACAGUUCCAUUACGGAUAUCAUGAACAAACUGCCCAAGGGCAUUGACCCAAAUGCGGCCCGGCAGAUCCUCAAUGAUAUCGUCGUCCGAGGUGACGAGGUCCACUGGGAUGAUAUUGCCGGACUGGACGCCGCCAAGAAAGCGCUCAAAGAAGCCGUUGUCUACCCGUUCCUUCGCCCGGAUCUUUUCUCUGGGCUUCGGGAACCCGCUCGAGGGAUGCUCUUGUUCGGCCCACCGGGAACAGGUAAGACGAUGCUCGCUCGAGCAGUAGCCACGGAGUCGAAGUCGACCUUCUUCUCUGUCUCCGCAUCAACAUUAACAUCCAAGUGGCACGGCGAGAGCGAGAAGCUCGUUCGAGCACUGUUUGGGCUCGCGAAAGCAUUGGCUCCGUCCAUCAUCUUUGUCGACGAGAUCGACUCGCUCCUUUCGUCGCGCUCCUCCGGAACAGAAAACGAAGCAUCGCGACGAUCGAAGACGGAGUUUCUGAUCCAGUGGUCGGACCUUCAACGAGCAGCAGCCGGCCGUGAGCCAUCAACAAAGAGAGGUGGUGGAGACCCCAGUCGGGUCCUCGUCCUGGCAGCGACCAACGUGCCUUGGGAUAUAGACGAAGCGGCUCGUCGGCGGUUCGUCCGCAGACAGUACAUCCCCCUGCCCGAGCACCAUGUUCGCGACCAACAGCUCCGCAAGCUCCUGAGCCAUCAGGUGCACGAACUGGAUGACGAGGACAUUGAAGUCCUCGUCCAUGUCACAGAGGGCUUCUCCGGCUCCGACAUCACCGCCCUCGCCAAAGACGCCGCCAUGGGUCCCCUCCGCAACCUCGGUGAGGCCCUCCUCCACACCCCCAUGGACCAAAUCCGGCCCAUCCGCUUCCAAGACUUCGAAGCAAGUCUCAAGUCAAUCAGACCCAGCGUCAGUCGCGACGGGCUACGCGAAUACGAGGAGUGGGCCAGGAAAUUCGGCGAACGGGGCGGCUGA